AUGCGCUGCAUCGGCCCUGUUGUUCGUACCGCUCCGAAUGAGCUCUCAUUUAACACUGCGCAAUCAUGGAAAGAUAUCUAUGGUUUCCGCCAGGGUCGGCAAGCUUUCAUGAAAAGCGACUUUUACGAUGGAAGCAGUUUCGCAGAUCAAGUUCGCUCCAUUGUCAACGAGCGUGAUCCUGUCAACCACGGCAUCAUGAGGCGAUACCUCGCGCACGCCUUUUCCGAUCACUCCCUCUCUGAACAGGAGCCUCUAAUCGCUGGCACUAUUGAUCGAUUUAUCGAGCAAAUUGGCAUCAAGGGGGCCAAAGGAUUGGAUCUGGGUAAGGGGUUUGAAAUGAUGACAUUUGACAUUAUCGGAGAUUUGGCCUUUGGGGAGACAUUUAGCGGUGUGGAGACCUUCGAGCCUCACCCAUGGAUUUCUAUCACUCUGGGAGCUCUGACACAGGGCGCCUUGAUUGACGUGUUUAAACGAUUCCCCACUGUGGCCGCAGUGAUCAACUUCCUUUUUCCGAAUAAGAUCCGGAAACUCACAGAGCAAACCCGACAGAAUGAAAAUAUGGCGAUCAGCCUCGUGGAGCGACGUAUUCAGCGGCAGACUAACCGCAAAGAUUUCCUGACACGUAUCCUAGAGCAACGGGAUUCAAAGGAGGUGUCCGAUUUGCAGCUUGCGGCACAUUCUUCUGAUUUUGUGCUGGCGGGCAGUGAUACGACAGCGACAGCACUGUCGUGCAUAAUAUAUCACCUCCUCCACAAUCCAGCGGUACUCUCCCGGUCACAACAAGAGUGCCGAGGGACGUUUUCAUCCUAUGAAGCAAUCAUGGCAUCUUCCACACUACGUCUAAAGUAUCUCCAAGCGGUCAUUCUCGAGGGACUGCGGAUCUAUCCUCCAUUGCCUUUUGCACUUCCCCAUGUUGUUCCACAAGGUGGCGAUACCGUUGACGGCCACUUCCUACCAGAGGGUGUAUGUUUGAUGCUAAUAUUCCUUUCACGCUUAGUGACUUUGCUAAAUAACCAGCAGACCAUUGUAUCUACAAACCCUCUCGCUUCUACCAUGGAUCCGGCCAAUUUUGAGCAACCAUAUGCCUUCAAGCCGGAGCGGUGGCUUGGUGCAAAUGAGUCCGAUAUACUCGAAGCUAGUCAGCCAUUUUCACUCGGACCAAGAGGCUGUAUAGGUCGUCAGUAA